AACAAAACUCCACACGAUCUGGCAGCUCAAACAUCUGAUUCCGCAAACAACACACACUGACGAAAUGAGCGAAAAAGAUAGCGCUGGAGGAAUAUAAAGCCAAUUUAGGACGGGACGCUUGCUUUACUCGAGCAGCUAGAUAAACAAAACGCGAACUGGUGGCCGUCAUGUUGCCGUCGACGGGACUGUUUAAGGACUUUCCCUGUCCCUACUUCGACAGCGAGACCGAGGCAACCUGCAACCGUCCCUUUUGUCAUUUUAAGCACCACGCCAAAAAAGAUGAUGUUGAGGCCGCGCCGCCUGCCGAGCCGGUGCCAGAGUACAAGCCGGCUCAGCCGAAGCUGCUCACCCUGCCGCUGCCGGAGAUGACAAUGUACGCCCCAAAGAAGAAAAAGGCCAAUCUAGAGUACCAUCCAGAAAAGCCGGCAUUGAAUGCCUCAUCGGCGAAAAAGAAGCCCGAGGCUGCUGCCGGCAGUGCUCCUGCCUAUGUGCCUGCUCAGGUGGCCGCCACAAAUGGGGCGAGCGGCGACUGGGAAGCCGAUCUCGCAAAUGAAAUUGACGAACAAAUGCAGAUUGUUAUUAAUGAACCAUCCACAGCGGUGGUGGAGGAUAAAGUGGAGCCGCAAGCAGAGGACUUGGAAGAGGGGGAACUGAAUGACGCGCCAAAGAGCGAUAGAGAAACGGGCGGUAGCGCUACCCACAAACACAAACACAAGCACAAGUCAAGUAGAGAGCGUGAUAGGGACAAGGAAAAGGAUAGGAAGUCAUCGCAUAGGGAUAAAGAUCGAUCCAAGGAGAGGCACAAAUCCAGUUCCAGCUCAUCCAGGCAUAAGUCUUCCUCCUCAUCGUCUUCGAAACAUAAGUCGUCCAGCAGCGACAAGCAUCGGGAUGAGAAAAAAUCCAGCAGCAGCAGCAAGCACAAGAGCAGUUCGUCAUCUUCCUCGUCGAAGAGGCACCAUAGGUCCAGUUCAACGGCUCGCAGUUCUAGCUCCAAGUCGAAAUCAUCCUCCAGCAAAGCCAGCGAGCCGUCGGAGCCGUCAAAAGAAAAAAAGACUGCCAGAAAAACAUCCAAGGCGAAUCCCAAUAGUGACAUUGAAUCGGACUUUGACUUUGAGAUGGAAACAUCCGAGGGAGAAAUAGUACGCCAGUGUGAGAUGAUCUUUGAUCAGCUCGAGACUCAAUUUGCACAGAUGCACAACGCGGAGUCAACGCCCGAGAACACCCUCAAACGGAAUGCGCCCUCACCGGACAUCCAUGCCCUCACAGAGGCAGCAACGGCUGCCCUGCAAAAGCGGCGUGUGGCCCACGAAAAUGCGGAUAAAUACAAGGCGCCUCUUCCAGCCACAGUGCAAAAGCCCAAUCACAUACGCAAUGCCAUGCAGGCGAUCUUCGACAGGCGCACCGAGCUGCGGCGCCAGGAGAAACUGCGUAGCGAUGCCGCGGCAGAGGAGCUGCGGCAGGCUCAGGAGCGUGUCCGAGUGGCACAGGAAGAACUGCGGCAGGCCCAGGCCAAUUCACACCUGACACCUCUGAUACCAAGAAGUGCCCUAACUCCUCCAGUGCGUUCUGCUCGCAGUAUUGCCCCUGUAGCCAAUAUUGUGGCUAUAGCUCGGGCAAAGAAGAAGAUCCAGGAGCUCCAGGCCGCAAAGAAACCCGCCUUUACGCCUGCCCAGUCGUUCAAGGGCGCGGGUCGCAUGGCCCACAAGCCGACGGCUGCCCUGGACAAGACAGCGCCCGUAGUCAGCGGUGCUAGUGCACAGAAACCACCAGUGCUGGAGCCGCAGAGCUCCAAGAUAUCCUACAACAUACGGAUGCAGUAUUACGAGAUGAUGGUGAAGCAGUGCGUCAUUAUCUAUCCACAGCUGGCCGAUGCCUGGGAGCGGGCGCAGGUCGAGGAGCUGGCUGCCUUCAAGAAGUGCAACACGUCGGCCAUCUACAAGAACAGCUGCCUGCUGGCGAUCAACAAGUUGCGUAAGGAGGCCAUCGAGGCGGGGAAUCGGCCGAGUGUGGCCAGCAAGUGUGUAUCGCACGAGAUGAUGCUGGGUGGCAAGCGGGCCCUGACCACGUCCUGGAGUGUGGAAAAGAAGAACAAAUUGGCAUCCAUUGGCAAUGGCGAACCAUUCGAUGCCUUGGAUGCCGUCAAGGCAUAUGAAAUGGUAUUCGAUCUGUGCCUCACCGAUGAGCAGCUGGUGGAGAACGGCUAUCCAAGGCCUGGUCCGAAGCGCGGCACGGCUGUCAUACGCGCCUGCCGUCCCAAUCGUCGCCCCAACGAAACGGAACGCUACUGCAGCCGCUGCGGCAAAGUGUUCAAUCUAAUCAUAUACGAAAGUCAGGGCUCCGACAUGUGCAACUAUCAUCCAAAGAGCACGGGCUACCGCCGAGGAUUCACAGACAAUCAGCAUCGCUGUUGUCAGCAGCCAGCCGGCACACCUGGCUGCACCUAUGGCAACUACCAUGUCAGCGACUACUACGAUCCAGAUAAAUUGACCUGCUUUGUGAAGACCAUCGAAAGAAGCGAAGACUUGGUGCCCACGAAGAAAGACAUCUUUGCGUUGGAUUGUGAAAUGUGCUACACAACGCAUGGCAUCGAGCUGACGCGCGUAACCGUGGUGGAUAUCAAUGGGCGGACGGUAUACGAUGCUCUGGUGAAGCCAGACAACCUGAUUGUGGACUACAACACAACCUAUUCGGGCAUCACAGAGUCCAUUCUGGCCAAGGAGACGCGAACUCUGCGCGAUGUUCAGGCCGUGCUAAUGUCGAUGUUCCAUGCCAAGACUGUGCUGGUGGGCCAUAGUCUGGAGAGCGAUCUGAAGGCCCUGAAGAUCAUACAUGACGUUGUGGUGGACACCUCAGUGCUAUUUCCCCACAAAAUGGGGCCGCCCAAGAAGCGUGCCUUGAAGACGCUCUGCAUUGAGAACCUGAAGCGCAUUAUACAGGAGAAUGAGGCCGGUCAUGACAGUGCGGAGGAUGCCGAGGUCUGCAUACAACUCAUUAAGUACUAUCUGCGCAACAAAAUCAGUUGAGCUGGGCGUACCAUUCGCUCUUCGUUUCAUUUGCAUUACAUACAUCUGUUAAUAUGUAUACCACAAUACAACCCAUUCUGGAAUCAAAAUAAUAGCUUUUAAGCGUACCGUCUACAUCAUCAGAUCAAUCUUUAUUUAUAUACUAUUAAAUGUUAAGCCACAGAAUUGUA